ACAAUGCAAAUCUUUGAAACCACCUCUGGGAAGAUGAAGCUUCCAGUAGCAGCAGUCCGGUUUGGAACCCGCUUGUUUUAAGAAUACCUGGGAAUUUCUACCCAUAAUUGCCUAUGCCAGCGUAAAUCAGAGGACAAUGAGUUAUUUUUAUUUUUUGCAUAUUUUCACACUACAUAACAAUUUUUCUUCCUUCUCAUUUUGUUCAAUGGGGAAAACUUGAGACAGCUGUGUGACUGAUUCUUACUUCACCACAUUUGUCUUAUUGAGCCAAAUUCUUGGAAACCACAUCCACAGUACAUCUAUUUUUGUGUGUUGGUUGUUGGAUUUUUUUCUUUAUGUGACAUAUGUCACUUUUUGGGUGCUUUUACCUGUUCUGGUUUGAACCUGUCCUUUUGCAUUGCUGAGUAGUCAUAGAAUCACUCAAGGAACUAAAUAAUUUCAGACUUGUAGAAGAUGACUCAUAUGCAUCAGAAACAUUUUUAUGGCUGUGCUUGGCUCAUUAAUACAGGAGUUUUAACAGUAGUAAUAUGAGGUAUUGCAUUAAUUGUUGCAUACAUUUAUUAGCAAAUGACUUGCACAGACAGUGUUUCAGAUGCCGUGGACCUAAUCAUAAUAACCAGAAGUGUCCUGUUUGUAAAGGAGAAAAUAAGAUCCCUUUGUACACUGAUAGCAAGCAGAUGAAGUUGCUUGCAGUUUUGGAAGUAAGGACUGAUCAUGGUGAAAGCUGGAAUGGAUUUUUCUGCUUGAGGAAGGGGAAGCUAUGCAGCUUAAUAUUUGGGUUGAUUAUAAUGACUCUAGUGAUGGCAUCCUACAUACUGACUGGAGCCAAACACGGCCUACUGUUAAUACCGUCUCCCUUCCAUUACGGAGCUUUUACUAGCAAUCCAAGCUUAAUGGACAAUGAAAGCCUUAGUGACAUGAAAGACCAUUACCAGCCUUCUAAAAUGAAUAUUUCAUACGUAAAGGAUUAUCCAAGCAUUAAAUUAAUUAUUGACACUAUUACUUCUAAAAUAGAGUUUAUGACCAGACAGCGCCCUGAUUUAGAAGAACUGAAGAAACAAGAACCACAUAUGUUUUCAGUAAUUCCUAAUAAAUUCCUUCCAAAUAGCAAGAAUCCUUGUUGGUAUGAAGAGUACAGAGGAAACACAACCACAGACCCUUAUGCAACAAACUCCUAUGCACUGUAUUCAAAGCGCUUUCGAACCAUAUUCGAUUACCUCAGGAAGGUAUUUUGGAACCACUUAUACCAUUAUAAGGACAAACACUACCGCCUGCGCUGUCUCCCCCAUUUCUACAUCAUUGGCCAGCCCAAGUGUGGGACGACGGACCUGUAUGACCGGCUCAGGCUGCACCCUGACGUUCGGUUCUCAGCAAUCAAAGAGCCACACUGGUGGACAAGAAAACGGUUUG